GCCGAAUGAACGGUCAGUCUGAGACACAUCACAAAAAACAAAAGGAAAAAUUCGUUUUCUACUUCUCGUGUCACAGCCGUGUUUAAAACUGUGAAGAGACUACUUCUGUAAUUCGCUUCGCCGUCCGCUGGUUUUCUCGCUUCCGUGUGACGCGCGUACGCGUACGUAUCUAUUCCAGUGUAGGUGCGUGUAGAAGGUGUACCACUGCAUUUGCUUUUGUGUCUCGCCUCUCCCUCUUGUUUUUUCUUUUCCUCUUGUUCCACUUCCACUCCUCUGCUCUUGGUCUGUGUGUAUAUAUAUAUAUAUAUAUAUAUAUAUACGUGCAUAAAUCUUUAUGUGAAUGCGUGUGCUGAGAGUACUGGAUACAUUGCUUUUCUUUCUCUACUCGUUUUUCUUUACGUCAGCAAAGAUCUGCGACACCUCGCAAAGUUUAAGCACACAAUCACUCACGUACAAAGACAGUUGGCGCCGUUGUAUAACUUGUUUCUUUUUUGUUUGUUUUUGCUCUCUUCUUAUCUUCCUUCGCUGCUGAUUCGUAGAGCUGUGUUGCGAGUGUGGUGACGAGGUGGUUGCGGUGCGAAGGUGCUAAUGUGACUUCGAAGUGCUGCAUAAAUCUCUCUGUGGUUCCUUCUUCCUCGUUUCUUCCUCGUUUCUUCCUUCCAGUUUUGCUUUAAAGAGACCUGUGCGACGGCGUUUGGUACAUCUAAAUGUAAAUAUAAAUAUAUAAAUAUUAUAUCGGAAUGGUGUGCUUAUAAAUACUUUUCCAGUUUGUUUUGCCCUUAAGUUGUUUGCUCGUCUUUUUAUUCCUGUUUUCCACCAUGGCCUCUGUUCGACUUGUCAUUGUGCUGGUGCUCUACGCCUUGUUGGUGGCGUCUGCGCUCGUCACCAUCACGGUGGUGUUUUCCGUAUUGACGCGGAACACGAUGAAUGGACUAGUCCUCCGGCUGGCACGCGCGUCGAUGGCGUCACUGAAGCAAGCGGCGGUAGACCAAAUCUCCCACUAUGAAAUAACGACCUAUCUCCUCGCGAUGCUGCUCGAGCGCUUGUACCUCACGCCCUUCACGGACAUUACCAGCCAAAACGUGAACGACUUCAUCCCGGCGUGGAAGCUCAUGACAAUGCCGGAGAUGAACAUCAACAGCAAGUAUCUGGGCACAUUCAGCCUGAAGCUCGACACGACGACGAACCUGUGGUACAUGACCGGGUGCGAUCGUGAGACACAGCUGUGCUCCCUCUACGAUGCUGCGGCCAACACGACGCAGUACGUUAAAUAUAAACGGCGACAAACGGUGAACCCGAUAGACCCGUCCACCGUCUUCUCCGUCAACGGCCCACCCCCGCUGUACGCCCGCUACCUCGAGUCGAUGGACCUCUACCCACAGACGGAUGAUCCUGGCUGGUGGAGUCACGUGUACAUCGAAUACGCCCAACGCUUCACGACGCACCUGUGCCACGGCGUCCGCGUGGCGAAGACGACAGACUUCUUUUACUGUACCGACGUGUACACGCUUAACGACGGCAGUAAUCAACAACGGUGCAGGCAGCUGGUGGGGGUGACGGUGGAGGUGACGGAGGCGGACACCUUUGACCAAGGGAACUACAUUUCGCAGUCCACCGUGUUCCUGACCUCUACGCUUGUCGUCGACAACGUGAAUGAUCUGUGCGACCCCGACCCGGACAUCGCCGACGCCAUCGACAAAUUCCUGAAGUCGUGCAAGUCGGAGCUGCUCACCGACUGCACAGAGUACUUUUCGCUGGGAAAGCCGAACGUCUUUACGGUGAUUGGGUAUUCCCAGCCGAACGGCCUGUCCUUCGUGAUAGCCGAUCGUGCCCCCCACUCCUUUUUCUACAAGGCGAUAAACCACAGCCAGCAGAUUGCAAUCGCCAUCUCCGUUGUGAUGAUCGUCGUGGUGGUCAUCCUGUCCGUCGUGAUCUCCAUCUCCAUCGUCGUGCCCAUUAGCUUCAUCUGCGCCAGCAUGAAAAACGCAUCCAAUCUGACCUACGAGCAUCACAUGGCGCCCAUCACCCGCUACACCAUCAUCUCCGAAGUCAAGCAGCUCUGUGCCUCGUACCUCGACCUGCGCCAGGCCUUGAAGGACUUGAAGUCGUUCAUGCCGCAGGGUCUGCUGGUCGGUGCUAGCGAUCCCAUGGACACGACCUCUCUCUUAUCUGCUCUGAUGAGCGGCGGGCCGUACAACAGCGGCGAUGAGGAAGAAUCGGCAUACCACGAAGACUACGACGACGACGAGACGGAUGACGGCAACGAGGCAGGUCAGGAGGCGGCUGGUCGAGCGGGCGGCUACAGCUCCCCUGAGACCACCACCUCUGGCGAGACCUUUACCCCCCAGAGCGAAGCUCCACGGCGGUUGUCUCCGCAAGCCGUCCGCCCCUCUUUUGUUGCGUUGGCCGACGAGGACAGUGUGCCUGACUCUCCACCGCCUACUCAUCACCGCCGCAGCACGGCACCGAACAGUAACUGCUUGAUGUCGAAGGGCAUCGUCUCCGUCGUAGCCGUGAGCACCGUCGACGACGCCCUCGCUCGCGAUGCCGCCCUGAACGCGGAAGCAGUGGCGAAAGAUGCCUCACGCAAGCAGAGUUACGAUGUCGAUCGCGCCGGCGUACCUCCCCUGUCGCCGCCGCCGCAACAGCAGCAGCAGCAGCCGCAACGACGGCGAUCAAGCCAGAUGAGGGAGCAGAACCCCCCUGAGAGCCCGAGCCCCAGACACGUUAAAUUCCGCCGUGGCGUCAGCUCACUGAACGCGGCCUCCUUCCGUGAGGAGGGUGCCUCGCUGCGGCUCAACCGCUCCGUCUACACCAGCGACGUGAACCGCUUCCGCAACGUGAACUGCUCCCUCGUCUGCAUCCGUUACUCCUUCAAGUACAUCGACGAACACAGCCUCGAGGGGGAGGUGAACCGACUCAUGAACAUCUUCAUUCACACGAUCCUCCGCUACGGUGGCGUGAUUGAGGUUUUCCGCCCCGACGUGAUCGUCGUCUCCUUCGGCGCCCACGCGGUGAUGUCCCUCCACACGCAGCGGGCCACCGCCGCGGCGAUUACGAUAACCAAGAAGCUUACCGUGUCGCAGCGGGCGUGCACUCGCCUCGUUGUGGAUACGGGCUCCUUCUACUGCGGAAUAUGCGGAGCCAACGGCCGCGUCUCGCCUGUGAUCUUCGGUGACCGCUUUGACUGGGCGGUAGAGUUGCUGCGCUACGACCUGGGCUUAGGCCGGCUUGUGGUGACGGACCGCGUGGCCCUCUGCCUGCCGGGGGACUUUGUGGUGCCCUUCGACUACGUCAUCACGCAGAGUGAUCGCGCGCAUGGCUGCCAGCUCUUCCUCGUCUUGAACCCGGCGAAGCGCAACAACAAGGAGUUCCGCCAGAGCGUCGAAGACUUCCGCCGGGCGUACACGUUCGCCAGCAGCGGCAAAUACAAGGAAGCGCUCGAGAUUGUCGCACGUGGCGGCCAGUUCGACCCGGAGCUCGUCGCGGGCUACGUCAAGACGUACAAGUACCUCCUCAACAUGAACCCACCCCGCCCCCGCUACUGCCGCUUCCAACUUCCGCUGUUCGAACCUCUCGGUGUGAUAGUGAAGCUGAAGGAACCGAAGUACCAACACGAUCGCCUGCACAUCAACGAACUCGAGGACGAGGACGAGGAGCACGUCUCCAUCAACUUCGGCUUCGGUGGCGGCAGCAGCUCCGGCACGGCGCCGAACGUCGACAACGAAGGCGACCGAAGUAGGUCACACGCUUUUGCCGGCGAUGGCGGCAGCAGCGGCGACAACGCGAGCAUGCACCCGAACCUUAUCAGCACCCUGGAGGUGGAUGCGAAUCGGAGUAAGACGACGGGGACGCAGUCUGGGAUGGUACGGACGCGCAGCCGAGCGUUUAGCCGCGACAGCACCACUGCCGCACGCAGUUUUGCCAUCACGGAUGACACGAUUGGCUCCGGCACGGACCGCACACCCGGCAGCGAGUCGUGGAGCCGUGUCCAGCGAGGUGACCGGAGGCGGUGUUACACCGAGAACCUUUCUCGUGCUGGCGACACAGGUCGCACCGACUACAGCGAAGAAGGACUGCCGCUCGUCUUCACGGACCACAAAGGCGUGCGCUGGCAUCGCUUUCCACACAUGAUCGGUGUCGGUGCCUUCGCCGAGGUUUACAAGACCAUCUCGGAGAACGGCUCUCUCAUGGCGCUCAAGUGCAUCCACCUCGCCGCGACCAACGUGCAGCUGGCGGAUGUGGUGAGCGAGGUCAACACCGCCUGUAAGCUCUUUAGCGACUUCAUCGUGAACCACAUCGGCUGGGCGCACGUCGGGUCGUAUAUGAUCAUCAUCAUGGACUACAUGUCCGGCGGCAGCGUGCACAGCGCGAUGUCGGCCUUUCCCUCCGGCCUGACGCUGCAGAUCGCCCGGCGCUACGCGUCUGACUCGGUGCGUGGGUUGGCGUAUCUGCACCGCAACGGCGUGGUGCACGCCGACCUCAAGCCGCAUAACAUGUUACUCGCGGCGGAUGGCGGGUGUCGACUGAGCGACUUCGGCUCCAGCGUCACCAAGGCAAAUGCGCGGUCCUCCGGUGGGGAUGUCUUCCACCUGCGCGGCACACCCGUGUACAUGAGCCCGGAGGUGGCCCGCGGUGACCCACCGAGCAUGAAGAGCGACAUGUGGUCGUUCGGCAUUACACUGUAUGAGCUGCUGACGGGACGACAGCCGUGGAUGAUGAAGAAGAACGCUGGGAUGCCUGCCGUGCCGGGUAGAUCCCUUCUCGCCAGUGCGGGCAACAACCGCAGUGGCAACAGUCCUGCUGCUGCGUCGGUGGCGGUGGCCUCCGAGUCGGCCACUGCGGCCGCCGUGAUCGAAAACGCGGCGCUCCACGCCGUCCACGACGUCUACGGCCUGAAGAACGCCGCUGACGGGUCGGCGAGCACCGCACCCAAGACCCCGAACGCCAACAACAGUAGUCACUCGAGCGCGGUCGACAGCUCCGUCGUUGCCGCACCGCGCACGACGUCGGUGCCAAGUUUAGCAGCGGCAGACACGCCGGAGGUUGAGUGGGUGCCGGUGCAGGGGUUAUCCGACGCGCGUCUCGUGCAGGGCAUCGCCAACGGCACUGUGCAGGUGCGCGUGGAACAGAAGGACCUGCCCACGUUAGAGGCGUAUCAGCUCAUCGACGCGUGUCUGCAGGAGUCUCCGCAGCGUCGUCCCAUUUCAUGGGAAGUUGUGGAUCACCCGUUUUUCUUUUCCUACUGA